CAUUUUCAAGGUGAAAUCAAAUUGAAUUCCAUGGAAUUAGUGAAAGGAAUUCCGUUACUUUACCAGCAAUUCAAAUCCUUAUUCUACAAGAACAUAAUUCUUUCAUGGCGGAACAAAAGCGCGACGUUUCUGCAGCUUUUUUCGUCGCUGUUUUUCAUUUUCCUUUUGUUUUGUAUAGACAAAGCCACCGUCGCGUCGAACAACGACACGACGGCGUAUCAGACGAUUCUUAAUCCUGAGGCACUUGUGUCGCCGGCGAUUCCUUCUUGUGAUGAGAAGUUUUAUAUUAAGAAGCCGUGCUUUGACUUUGUCUGGAGUGGAAAUGACAGUGCUAGACUCACUCGUAUUAUUAGUUCUGUCAUGAGUAAUAAUCCUGGCAGGGUAAUUCCGUCCACUAAGGUUAAAUCAUUUAGAACACCAGAUGAUGUGGAUGUUUGGCUUUUGAAUAAUCCUAUGCAAUGUCCAGGAGCUCUUCAUUUUAGAGAAGUAAAUGCUUCUAUAAUUAGCUACGGUAUACAGACUAAUUCUACGCCAGUAAGAAAUCGUGGUCUAUUUGAAGAUCCGGUGUUUAAAUUUCAAAUUCCACUUCAGAUUGCAGCUGAACGUGAAAUCGCUCGUUCUGUUAUCGGAGAUGCAAACUUUAGUUGGGUCGUUGGACUAAAGGAAUUUGCACACCCUGCAAAAGAGGCCUCCGACACACUGGCUACUGUAGGACCGGUUUUCUUUCUUGCAUUUGCCAUGUUUGGUUUUGUUAUGCAAAUUGGAUCAUUAGUGGCAGAGAAAGAGCUAAAACUUCGCCAGGCAAUGAGUUUAACAGGUCUUUAUGACUCCAUGUACUGGUUCUCGUGGAUCACAUGGGAGGGAAUACUUACGCUAAUCUCAUCACUUCUCCUUAUUCUUUUUGGAAUGAUGUUUCAGUUUGACUUUUUCAAGAAAAAUAGUUUUGCUGUUGUCUUUCUUGUGUUCUUCCUUUUCCAGUUUAAUAUGAUAGGUUUUGCUUUCAUGUUGUCAACCUUCAUUAGCAAGUCAUCUUCAGCCACAACAGUUGGUUUCUCUAUAUUCAUUGUUGGCUUUAUUACGCAGGUUGCAACUGUAGCUGGAUUUCCUUACGGUUUCAAAAUAUCUAGUGCUAUUCGAUUUGUUUGGUCGCUGUUCCCACCCAAUCUUUUUGCACUAUCUAUGAAUGCUCUAGCUGAGGCAACCGCUACACGUGAAGAUGUUGGGAUAAGUUGGAGUAGGAGGAAAGAUUGUGUUUCCGAUGCAAGUACCGAUGACGGGAAAUGUGCAAUGUCAAUUAAUAAUGCUUACGUAUGGCUCAUUUGUACUUUCUUUGCGUGGUUUGCUUUGGCAAUCUACUUUGAUAAUAUAUUCCCAAAUGCUUACGGUGUGAGAAAAUCUGUAUUUUACUUCUUAAACCCUGGGUAUUGGACAGGGAGUGGUGGAAAUAAGAGUGAAGAGGGUGGCAUUUGUAGCUGUAUGUCUUCAGUUCCGCAGCAAGUUCAAAUUCCUCCAGAAGAUGAGGAUGUUCUGGAAGAGGAGAAUAAUGUUAAACAAGAUGCAAGAGAAGGCAUAACCAACCCAAAUGUUGCUGUUCAAGUACGUGGAAUUUUGAAGACAUAUGCUGGGACCACAAAGAUUGGAUGCUGUAAAUGCAAGAAGACCUCACCUUAUCAUGCUCUCAAAGGUUUAUGGGUGAAUUUUGCAAAGGAUCAGUUAUUCUGUCUUCUAGGACCAAAUGGUGCUGGAAAAACUACAGCAAUUAAUUGCUUAACAGGAAUCACUCCAGUGACCGGUGGAGAUGCACUAAUUUAUGGAAAUUCGAUUCGGAGCUCUGUUGGCAUGUCAAACAUUCAAAGAAUUAUAGGAGUUUGCCCACAGUUCGACAUCCUUUGGGAUGCGUUGUCUGGUGAAGAGCAUCUCCAUCUAUUUGCUAGUAUUAAAGGGCUAUCUUCAUCUUCAAUCAAUUCGGUCGUUCAGGAGUCGUUAGCAAAUGUGCGGCUCACUGAGUCGGCUAAAGUGAGAACCAGGAGUUAUAGUGGAGGAAUGAGGCGGCGGCUCAGUGUUGCAAUAGCCCUCAUAGGAGACCCAAAGUUGGUCAUCCUUGAUGAACCGACUACUGGUAUGGAUCCAAUAUCUAGAAGGCACGUAUGGGAUAUAAUACAGAAUGCAAAGAAAGGCCGUUCCAUUGUUUUAACUACACAUUCAAUGGAAGAAGCCGACAUUCUGAGUGACCGGAUAGGAAUUAUGGCCAAGGGAAGACUCCGAUGCAUCGGAAACUCAAUCAGGUUGAAAUCCAAAUUCGGAACUGGUUUUAUCACCAAUGUGAGUUUUACUGAAAGCAAUUCUGGACGAUCUCCACCAAAUGGAACUGCAGAUACCAUAAAUCACUGUGAAGAUGUAAAGCAGUUUUUCAAAAAUCAUUUGGACAUAAUGCCAGCAGAGGAGACCAAAUCCUUCUUAACUUUUGUCAUUCCUCAUGAUAGAGAAAGGCUUUUAACGAAAGUUUUUGCGGAUCUUCAAGACAGACAGGCGCAAUUCGGCAUAGCAGAUAUUCAGAUUGGCCUUACCACACUUGAAGAAGUUUUCUUAAACAUUGCCCGGCAGGCUGAGCUGGAAAGUGCUGCAGCUGAGGGGAGGUUGGUUCCGUUGACCUUAACAUCUGGUCCUGUAGUGCAGAUACCAGUCGGAGCUAGAUUUGUUGGGAUUCCCGGAACAGAAACGCCGGAAAAUCCUAGAGGCAUUAUGGUUGAAGUUUACUGGGAGCAAGAUGAUACCGGUACACUCUGCAUUUCUGGCCAUUCUGCUGAAAUGCCAAUGCCUCCUAAUGCUCGACCAUUGAUUUCUGCACCACCGACUAACAAUAGACACUUCCUAGGUCAGAGUAGACCAGUUUACGGAAUUGUGAUAGAUCCCAGUCAGACCAGUGGUACUAUUUCUUAAGUGAUAAUUUAGCUUAUAAACUCAUUAUUUAUAAUUUUAUUCUGCA